UUUACCUUUGAAAAUAUUACUUAUUCUUUUCCUUUUUCUUCCAAAGGCUACAAUAUCAUAUCAAUUUUUUUCUAUUGGCGAUGAGCAAAUGCCUUUUAUCAUAAAUAUUUGCAAAUCAUACGGGUCGAAAUCUGUAAUUUUUGUAUACUCCGAAUCAAUAAGUGAAAUGGAAAUGACAACGAUGGUGUUCAAAUGGAGACGUGCACUUUCUCGCGAAGGGAUUGCAAGUACGAAUUUGCACUUUUCGCAAAUGCAUAAAACAUCGUACUACUUAAAACACACUAUACAACCGUAUUACAUAGCACUGGUCUCUAAUACCAACGCGAUUAAUGAGUUCUCUUUAGCAACAAGUACCUUUGAUAUGUCUUCAGCUGUGUGGUUAGUGAUAUUCAUUUCCAAGGAAAAUGAUACCGAUUAUUGUCACAAUCCACCAGGUAAUAUAUUUCAUGUAAAAUUCAACACCGAAAUGAUGGUCCGUUGUGGUACGGAAGAUAUUUUACGAGAAUGGUACUCGAUCGAUACUAAUCAAAUCGAGAUCAAUGAUGUAGCUACAUGGAGCUUAGAGAAAGGAAUCACAAAAAUAGUUCCAGAUUUUCUUUACAAAAGAAGAUAUAAUUUACAGGGUUUAGUUAUGAAAGCUGUUACAGUUAAGACCUCACUAUUAUCAAGUAUAACCAAGGAUGGCGAAUUAGACGGUAUAUUCGGUAAAAUAUUAAAAGAACUUUGUGACACUCUGAAUUUUAGUUUUAACGUUGUCUCAGAAGUAGAAGACUUUGGGAGAUGGAAUCCAAAAGAAAAGACUUGGUCUGGAGGAAUUGGAGAAUUGUAUACUGGACGUGCUGACAUCUCUAUAUCAGAUUUUAUUAUUAGUAAUGAUAGAUUUGAUGCAGUUGACUACACGCAUUCUCUUUUCAAUUACAAAAACAUUCUUGUUAUUCGAGAACCAAAACAUUUAGCGAUUCGAUGGUGUUCUCAUUUUUUAACAUUUACGCGUUCUCUUUGGUCUGCUGUGUUUGGAAUAUUAAUUGUUUCAUCGAUUUUCCUAGUCUUACUCAAAAUAAAAAGUGGAACCAAUCGCAAAAUAGGAUAUUUAUUGAUCGAUAAUUUAUUGGAGAUUUGGGGUAUAUUUUGUCAGCAGGGACUGGCAGGUCUGAUUAAAUGUUUCUUGAUUUACUUUUCAUAUCUUUCUUUUAAUAGAUAUAUUUCCUCAAACUAUUCUUUUGCUAUAGAUUUCCCUGAUAAAUCUUCCUUACGAAUAGUAUACUUUUCAAUAUUUCUUUUGAUUAUCGUCUUUUGGGCUGGAUAUUCAGCUGCUUUAAUAAGCAUUUUAACGUCUAUAAAUUACAUAUUACCAUUUAAUUCAUUAGAGGGCUUCGUUGAAGAUGGUACUUAUCAACUUGUCAUUGCUCGUUAUACGGCUUACUAUGAUAAGUUUGCAAAUUCGAAAGAUCCUCUUACAGAGAAAGUUAUGAAGUUGACAUUAAAAGAAGAAGAAUUGUCCAUUACCGAAUAUGAAGGAUUUAAAAGAAUUUGUAAAAAUGGAAAACUUGCAUUAUAUAUGAGUGACCAGUUGAGUCAUUUUGAAAAUCUAGUAAUGCCAUGUAAUAUGAUUAGCAUUGAAACAACACAUAUAAAUCGGUUUGCUAUGAUUUUAUCUAGACAUAAUCCAUUCACCGACCUCAUCAAUUUUCAGUUACAGAAAUUUAUCGACAAUGGUAUGAUAAAUCGUUUAAAAUAUAGGUCAUUUAAAAAAGAAUUCACCAAUGUGGUCAAACACCAACCGGUUCGUCUAAUCAGCAUUAUACCCCUUAUUUUCUUUUUCUUAAUUGGUGUCGUUUUGAGUACUUGUAUUCUUAUCUUAGAAAAGUAUAUUUUCGUUCGUAAAAGGAAGAAAAUGUCAGCGAUACAUCAUAUUCCGUCGAUUGAAUCGUCAGGAUUUUAUGUAAAAAGGAAGAAAGUUAUUAGAAAUAUUAUAAUAGAUUAUGGGAAUCGUUAAUGUGCACGCGUAUGGUACUACACUUUUAACAACUAUAAUGCUCGCUUUAAUGAAUUUAUAUUUAAUAAAUCUUGAUUAUAAUUUCUUCAUGAAAUAGUAACAUGUAUAUGUAUAUUUAAGCCUUUGCAUUAUUUAGUACAAUUAAAUGAAAAUAGAACUUCUUCAUUCUAGUGUAGAUGUAAAGGUGUAUAUAGCAUAUUUUCUAUAUUUAUCAAACAGAAUUUAAUUCUUUCGAAUUGUUUCGGUUUUUCGUACCUACACGAAAUAUAAUGUAUCUAUGUAUUUCAUAGUUAAAAAAAGUUUAUUUUCCAUUACUUAUGUAUGAGUCAAAAU